AUGAUGGCCUUUUGUGAAGAGGCUAAAGAGGCUGGUAUCUCGACUCUGGUUAUGCUUGAUGAUCAGGGCGAACAACUUGAUCGUAUUAAUGAGGGAAUGGAUCAAAUCAAUCAAGAUAUGAAGGAUGCAGAGAAGAACUUGGAUGAUCUUAAUAAAUGUUGCGGCCUCUGCGUGCUUCCAUGGAACAAGUCAAAGAAAGAUGAUUUUACUAAACAUCUCAAGGAUGACAAUAUGCCUGGAGGAGGUGAUGCUCCAAGGAUAAUUGUGGACCAAAAUGGAAUGGGCCCCACUGGUGGUUAUAUUACAAGGUUGGUUCAUUUAGAUCCUAUACUAUUAUCUUAG